UUGGGCAAGCCUGGCAGAGGCGCGAGGCCCUCCUCCCGCCUCUCCUCCUACUCCAGCCCCCGCCGCCCCUGCUUCCCGAGCGAGCCCUGCGGCCGCCGGAGCAGCUCCCGCGGCGGAGCAGGAGCCGGAUGGUCAGGGGAGCCCGGCAGUCCCAGCAGCCGCGGAGUCGCCUGGCACCCAGACUGACUGGCACAGUGGAGAAACCACCUCGGAAACGGAAAAGCAGAACUGAGUUUGCUCUUAAAGAAAUCAUGUCCUCUGGAGGUGCUGAAGAUGACAUCCCGCAGGGAGAGAGAAAAACAGUUACAGAUUUUUGUUAUCUUCUGGAUAAAUCUAAGCAACUGUUCAAUGGAUUAAGAGAUUUACCACAAUAUGGGCAGAAGCAGUGGCAAUCCUAUUUUGGAAGAACUUUUGAUGUUUACACCAAACUCUGGAAAUUCCAACAGCAGCAUAGACAAGUCUUGGAUAAUCGGUAUGGCUUGAAGCGGUGGCAAAUAGGAGAAAUUGCUUCUAAGAUUGGGCAGCUAUACUACCAUUAUUACCUACGCACAUCUGAGACCAGCUAUCUAAACGAAGCAUUCUCCUUUUAUUCUGCAAUAAGACAGAGAUCAUAUUAUUCUCAAGUCAAUAAAGAAGACAGACCUGAGUUGGUGGUUAAGAAACUAAGAUAUUACGCAAGAUUUAUAGUAGUUUGUCUUCUUCUCAAUAAAAUGGAUGUUGUGAAGGACCUGGUAAAGGAAUUAUCAGAUGAAAUCGAAGAUUAUACUCACCGCUUUAAUACAGAAGAUCAAGUGGAAUGGAAUUUGGUGCUUCAAGAAGUGGCAUCUUUCAUUGAGGCGGACCCUGUAAUGGUAUUAAAUGAUGACAAUACCAUUGUUAUUACAUCUAACCGCCUUGCUGAAACAGGAGCCCCAUUGCUGGAACAGGGCAUGAUUGUGGGACAGUUAUCUCUGGCUGAUGCACUCAUUAUUGGUAAUUGUAACAAUCAGGUUAAGUUCAGUGAACUAACAGUUGACAUGUUUCGGAUGUUACAAGCCUUGGAGAGGGAGCCUAUGAAUUUAGCUUCCCAGAUGAAUAAACCAGGAAUGCAGGAAUCAGCUGACAAACCUACCAGACGAGAAAACCCCCACAAGUAUCUGCUCUACAAACCAACCUUCAGUCAACUAUACACAUUCUUAGCAGCAUCUUUUAAGGAGCUGCCUGCCAAUAGUGUGCUUCUGAUUUACCUGUCAGCCACUGGCGUUUUCCCCACAGGUCGUUCUGAUAGUGAAGGUCCUUAUGAUUUUGGAGGGGUACUUACUAAUAGUAACCGAGAUAUUAUAAAUGGAGAUGCUAUCCACAAAAGGAAUCAAUCCCAUAAGGAAAUGCACUGCCUCCAUCCUGGAGACCUCUAUCCUUUCACAAGGAAACCCUUGUUUAUCAUUGUGGAUUCAUCCAAUAGUGUUGCAUAUAAGAAUUUCACAAACUUGUUUGGACAGCCACUAGUCUGCUUGCUUUCUCCUACAGCAUAUCCAAAAGCUUUACAAGAUCAAUCUCAACGAGGUAGCCUCUUCACUCUCUUUUUGAACAAUCCUCUAAUGGCCUUCCUAUUUGUCUCUGGAUUGUCAAGCAUGCGUAGAGGCCUAUGGGAAAAAUGUCAAGAGUAUCUUCGGAAAAUAAACCGUGAUAUUGCCCAGCUACUGACCCAUUCACGUUCAAUAGAUCAGGCAUUCCUCCAGUUUUUUGGAGAUGAAUUUCUUCGUUUGCUUCUCACAAGAUUUAUUUUUUGCUCAGCCACCAUGAGGAUGCACAAGAUUUUUCGGGAAACACGGAAUUACCCUGAAUCAUAUCCACAGCUACCAAGAGAUGAAACAGUAGAAAACCCUCAUCUCCAGAAGCACAUUUUGGAAUUAGCAUCCAUUCUGGAUGUUCGAAACGUGUUCUUUGAGAAUACCAUAGAUGACUAUUAAAAAUCCUCUCAUUGAAACAGUUUUUCAUUUGUCACAGAUUUUAAAUGGUGCAGUUUUCUAAUGUUAUGAGAGACACAUAGAGGUGUUACUUAGUUUUUAUUUUUUAAUUUAAAACCACCAUUUUAAAAAGAAACUGAAGAAAUUGUUCAAACUUUUAGGGUUUUAAAAUACAGUCUUUCAGGUCUUUUAAAAAAAUCUUGAAGUUUUUAUUUUUUUGGUUUUGAGGUAUGGAUAUUUACCUCCAACAUCUAAUCCUACACUCAAAAUAUUCACAAUUCUCACCCUGAGAAGAGUAAAUCAUUUAUUUUUAUAUAAUGAGGAAAUCCAAUUCUUAUACCUGGACCUCAAAUGUGUGGAUUUGGAAAAUAUCUAAUUGUUCACAAAGAUGAAACUAGUCAACGUGGACUACUAAAAUCAAGAACAGAGUCUUUCCAUAACAUUUCUUUUCAUUCCAAAAUAGUAGGUAGAAAGAUGUGUGAUUCUUUGAAGCAUCAAUGCCUUUCUUUAAAUCAUUUACUUUGCUUAAAUCUUGUUAAUUUCAGAAACUGUAAAGAAUCAGUUUGCAUAUCAAAGUUAAAUCUUCUGUUGGGUUCUUAAGGGGAUAUCAUUUAGAAUGUGAGUCUUGUGUUAUCUUAAAAUAUGUUUGCAAUUUUGUUUUCUUUGUAAGCUAGAAA